GCUGAUGCGUCCAUUAUCGGACCGCAAGUUGUCAUCAGUGUUGUCUGUCUCCUUUUCUCUCGUCUUCUGCUCAAUGUGUUCGGUGGGUUCUGUCCACACGGCACCGCUGGAGCCGUUAACGGUUCCGAUAAAUGGACACGGCUGAGUUAUGUGCUAGCUAGCUGGCUAACCAAGCUAGCUAUUGCGAAACUCUAAUAAUUCGUCGCUGAACACAUGAAACUGCUCACCGAAAUAGGACACCAACAUCCAGACUUGUUUUCAACCUCCUACCUGCAGCUGUCACCUGUAGUCGGUGAAAAACUCGAGUUUAGUUGUGAAGAACUUGACUAAAGCUAACAUUUCUGAUAACACUUAGCCUGAUACGGUUUAAAUGCGUGUCCGAUAAUGGAUGCAGGGGUUCAGGGUUAAUGCUAGCUAGCUGUAAAAGUGUCAAAGCAGAGUCAGCAAAACUGGAGGAGGCGUUAAUAGUUGAGCAGCUUGUUGAAGAAAUUAAUAAAAAAAAAAGGCCCGAAAAGUUCAGCUUUAUUUGAAUUUUCUUCUGUUGUGCUGAACAAAAAACGUGAAAUGCAGCUAAAAGUCCUGGAAGAGGACAGGUGGUCCCUGUUUAGCUGCAUUAGCUCAGCAGUUAGAUAAUAAGAUGAUGAAACUUCUGAUUGUAUUUUGUCUGCGGGUGACUGAGCAUGCGCCACUAUUACAUAUGUUUAGGAUUGCAUAUUUAAUUUGAGUUUAUACUCUAUGAAACUGGUUCAGCUCAGAGACUUGUGAUCCUCGAAGGACCCCUUAAAGGUGCCCUGUUGUGGUCUUCUGGUGAACCAGUCCUGCAGCUGUAAACCCAGUAAAACAGGUCAAAAUGAGCCAGUGGAUCAGAUGAGCGCAGCCACUCAGACUUGAUUUGACUUAUGAGAUUAUUUUUCUUCAGUUGGCAGCUGAACAAGAGAACUCACUGUUUCCAUGCACGUCUCAUUUUUAAUUUCACUUCCUCUUACGUGGAAAAGCUUCAGCUGGCGGCCAGAAAAAACAACGAUGGGGUCAGCUGUUCGCACAGAUGAGGACGACACACACCACCCUCAUAUCUGGAUGUGUGCUUCCUGUUUUUACAGGGCUGCUGACUGGAAGCUGGAUGAACCUGCAUGGAGCGGUCGGAUGAAGAUUACCGCCAAAGGCAAGAUGGCCUACAUCAAGUUGGAGGACAGGAACACGGGAGAGCUGUUUGCACAAGCUCCCGUCGAACAGUAUCCAGGUUGUGUAGUCGAAGCCGUCACAGACUCCAGCAGGUACUUUGUGAUCCGGAUAGAAGAUGGCAACGGACGCCAUGCGUUUAUUGGCCUGGGGUUUGCUGAUCGUGGAGACUCAUUUGACUUCAAUGUCGCCUUACAAGACCAUUUUAAGUGGGUCAAGCAAGAAGGUGAGCUCGCAAAACAGGAAGCUUCUCAGAGCGCAGCACCUAAACUGGACCUGAGCUUCAAGGAGGGACAAACCAUCAAGAUCAGCAUCGGGAACAUCAAGAAGAAGGAUGCAGGUGGCGCCAAGUCUCGGCCCAUGGGUGGAGGUCUGCUCCCGCCUCCACCAGGAGCAAAGGCUGGAGGUGUGCUGCCGCCUCCCGGAGGACAGCCGGCGGUCUCGGCUGUACAGACUAACGCAGCCCCUCUUCUAGACUUCGGCUCGCCCGUCCCCGCGGCCCAGCCCGCCUCCGACUUGUGGGGAGAGUUUACAUCUGCAGGCUCCAACUCCAGUAAAGAUGCUGUCAAAUCAGGAUGGGUGCAGUUUAGUUGAGUCGUAAGCGAGCGCGCGCACACUCAGGUUCCAUACAUUCCAUGGACAGGAAGGUUGUGGCAAAAAGAAACUAAGAGAGAGGAACUGUUGGCAGACUUGACUCGCUGUAGGCCGCUGACCAACACACUCUGGAGGAACAAAAUGUACAGAUUUUUUUUUUUACAGUCUUGUUUCUAUGCAGUAGGAUUGAUUUUAGCGGUCGGUCUGCUCUCGAGCAUGUCGGUGGUUGAAGGGAAAGCUCCUCGUCACACUAACCAGGUGAAAUGUUUCCCCGUUGCCUUAAAUCAGAUGUUCUAGUUCCUAAUCCUUCAUCUGUCCAGAAUCAGAUUUUAUUGUUUAUGUUCCUGUUCCAGUUCCGGGAUGAUGUCGUUACACCAGCUCAGCUCCUCUCCGGGUUUUUUUUUUCUUUUGCCAUUUGGGAAAUUAGUUGAAGUGUCCCCGAUUGGCUGUAUACAAGUAUAUAUACGUUUUUCUGUUUGUAACUAUUUCUAUCCUUUUAGUUCUUCUUUAAGUAGAUCUUACAAAUCUUUAUUGAUGUUUGAUUAGUUUUUAAAUUAAUGCACCCAGAGAAGAGUCACGCCUCCCAUCUCGUCUGUCAUUCAAAGCACCAACGUGUUGGUUCCUUCGUGUCUUCACCUUUUUGGCGUUUUCACUUUUUUUUAAAACGUGCCUUUUACCCAGUUGAACUCUCCUCCUGUUGAUCAUUUGAGUAUUUGAUUGAGUGCCUUUCUGAAAAAGACCUAAAAUGUAUAGAAUGUAAACCUACGUCCUCGUGUAAAUAAACUAUAUAUUUCACUG